CUGCUUCUGCUUUACUCGUCGCCAGCCACUUCUCUCUUCGAUUUUUAAUGAAAGCGAAUUAGGGUUUACCACUACCAUAACUUUUCUAGCCCACUUAAAACCCCAGUACCAAAUCCCUAAAUCGGAAGAAAUGCCAGGGCAAACGCUGGAUAUGGAGCCAGUGGAGCCGCAGUCAUUGAAGAAGCUCAGCCUCAAAUCCCUAAAGCGUGCUCUUGAUCUCUUUAGCCCUGUCCAUGGUCAAUUCGCUGCUCCUGACCCUGAAAGCAAGAAAAUUCGCAUGAGCCACAAGAUAAAUGUGGAGUAUAGUGGAAUUAAAACAGCACCGGGUCAACCUUUGAGGCAAGUUAAUUAUGGUUCUGCUGAUGCUUCGAGUCAAGGUUCGGCGCCUUCGAAUGCCCUUGCUCUUACAGGGCCAGGAGAUUCUAGGAAUUCACAAAAGGAAGGGACUCCGAAUGCUUUAGCUGUCGGUCCAUCUUUGCAGCCAAAGAUGCAAAACAAUGUUGGUACUUCUGGCAAAGGCACUGUCAUGGUUUCUUCUUCUGCUCCCUUUUCUGAAAGGUUAACAACCUCUGCGAUAAUAGAAAGAAUCCCGAGCAAGUGGCCACGUCCCGUAUGGCAUCGUCCCUGGAAGAACUACAGGGUCAUCAGUGGGCAUUUGGGAUGGGUGAGAUCAGUGGCCUUUGAUCCAAGUAACAACUGGUUUUGUACUGGUUCUGCAGACCGUACGAUCAAGAUAUGGGAUGUAGCAAGUGGAAGGCUAAAGCUCACGUUAACUGGACAUAUUGAACAAAUACGAGGCCUUGCCGUUAGUAGCAAACACACAUAUAUGUUUUCAGCGGGUGACGAUAAGCAAGUUAAAUGCUGGGACCUUGAACAGAACAAGGUUAUCCGGUCUUAUCAUGGUCAUCUGAGUGGUGUUUAUUGCUUGGCUCUUCAUCCUACUAUUGACAUUUUGCUAACCGGGGGACGUGAUUCUGUCUGCCGGGUAUGGGAUAUUCGAACUAAGAUGCAAAUUUUUGCAUUGUCUGGGCAUGAUAACACCGUUUGCUCGGUUUUUACUCGACCCACGGAUCCACAAGUUGUUACGGGCUCCCAUGAUACGACCAUAAAAUUCUGGGACCUUAGAUAUGGAAAAACGAUGUCAACUCUAACACAUCAUAAGAAGUCUGUGCGAGCAAUGGCACCACACCCUAAAGAGCAUUCUUUUGCAUCCGCAUCAGCCGACAACAUAAAGAAAUUCAGUCUUCCAAAGGGAGAAUUCUUGCACAAUAUGCUCUCUCAGCAAAAGACUAUAAUUAAUACCAUGGCCGUCAACGAGGAUGGUGUCAUGGCUACCGGAGGUGACAAUGGGAGUUUGUGGUUUUGGGACUGGAGAAGUGGUCACAAUUUCCAGCAAGCUCAGACAAUUGUGCAGCCUGGCUCGUUGGAUAGUGAAGCGGGUAUAUACUCACUCUCUUACGACAUAACUGGUACGAGAUUGGUUUCAUGCGAAGCCGACAAGACAAUCAAAAUGUGGAAAGAAGAUGAAACCGCAACCGAACAGACUCAUCCUCUCAACUUCAAACCACCCAAGGAUAUCCGUCGGUUCUAGCCACGCAUUUUUCAGCUUGUGCUCUUACCCCAUCCAUCUGUUGUAAAAGGUUUGGAGAUAUGCAAGGUUAAAACACUUCGUUUAGUAUUAUUGAUUGAA